CCAACUUGUACGUAUAGGUAGAAUAUGCAGUGGUUACGAGCAAUUUUGUGAGCGACAUUACAAACUCACACAAAAACUAAUAAAGCAAGGAUUUAGAUAUGCGGAGCUAUGUAAAGCAUUUAGAAGGUUUGCGCAAAAUCAUUUGUAUUGCAAAUAUUGAGGACGGUGUAUGUUUGCCAGCCAGUGAUGGAUUCCUGGGCCGCCAUGUCUCGACAAGUAGAAGAUCCCGUGGGAUUGGUAGCUAG